CGAAUUUUUUCUUUUGUAUACUGAGACGUUUACAGGAAGGAUAUAAAUUCACCUAGAGAUAACAGAAGUACUGUAUUGUCGUCAUAAGUACACACACGCUUCAGGGUGUGAGCAAGGCUGCUUGGUGCACACACAUUUCUUGUUUUCAUAUUCUUGUCACUAAUCAUGGGGAAUACCGAUACUUUUGAAGGACGAUUAGAAAGAAGACAGCAUACAUUGGCGGAUAAAAUACGUUUGACCUCAUGUCCGUUAAUUCGUGCAUGUUUAGCUGAAUUUUGUGGCACAGCAAUAUUAGUUAUAUUUGGUUGUGGUGUAAUAGCUCAAACAUUUUUGGGUGAUCAUGGAAAAAGUGCUCAUGGUGGCUUCCUGUCAGUUAGUCUUGGCUGGGGAUUUGCUGUCUACAUGGGGGUAUUUUUCUCUGGACGUGGAGGUUCUGGACAUAUAAAUCCAGCAAUUACAUUGGCAUUUUCAGUUAUUGGAAAAUUCCCCUUGAGACGUGUACCAAUAUAUACACUUUUUCAAAUUUUGGGUGGUUUUGUUGGAGCACUUGCUAUCUACGGUGUUUAUCAUGAGAAAAUAUACGAUUAUGCUAAUAUGUAUGAAAAUGGAACAUUGAUUGUUAAAACAACAGGCGGUAUCUUCGUUACAAAUCCAGGAGCAUCUCAUUUAACUUGUUUCCUUGAUCAAGUACUUGGUACAGCGCUGCUGGCAGCUGGUGCAUUGGCUAUUUGUGAUCCGAACGGUUGGAAACUUCCUGAACACUUACAUCCACUGCAUUUGGCAUUGUUAGUUUAUGCUUUGGUCGGGUGUUUUGCAUUGAAUGCUGGAUGUGCAUUAAAUCCUGCUCGUGAUUUAGGACCUAGACUUAUGCUAUUGGUUUGCGGUUGGGGAGGUUCAGCAUUCACAUCCGGCAAUUACUUCUUUUGGAUACCUAUCCUAGGUCCAUAUAUUGGUGCGUUGAUUGGUGCUAUUUUAUAUGAAUUAACAGUUGGCAUACAUCUAGAUCGUAAACCAGUAUCACCGUCACCGACAACAACGAUAGUCACAGCCGAACAAAGAUAUCAUGAUAUAGAUACAACAUCAGAGCAUAAAGCUGGUUCUCAUCUACUUACUCGUGGAUUAUAAAAUGCUUUCUCCCUACAUACA